AAUAAUGGAAGCAAUCUGGUUGUACCAAUUCCGUCUCAUCGUGAUUGGGGACUCCACGGUAGGGAAGUCAUGUCUGAUCCGGAGGUUCACAGAGGGGCGGUUUGCCCAGGUGUCUGACCCCACGGUUGGGGUGGAUUUUUUUUCCCGGCUGGUGGAAAUUGAACCAGGCAAGCGGAUCAAGUUGCAGAUUUGGGACACGGCUGGCCAAGAGAGGUUCAGGUCCAUCACACGUGCCUACUACAGAAAUUCUGUCGGAGGGCUCUUGCUAUUUGACAUCACCAACCGCCGCUCCUUCCAGAAUGUCCACGAGUGGUUGGAAGAGGCUAAAGCUCAUGUUCAGCCCUACCAGAUUGUUUUUGUCCUGGUGGGCCACAAAUGUGACCUAGACACACAACGGCAAGUGACAAGACACGAGGCUGAGAAACUGGCCACUGCCUAUGGCAUGAGAUAUAUAGAAACCUCCGCCCGAGACGCCAUCAACGUAGAGAAAGCCUUCACUGAUCUGACUCGCGAUAUAUAUGAGCUUGUUAGAAAGGGGGAGAUAAAUAUCCAAGAAGGCUGGGAGGGGGUAAAAAGUGGGUUUGUCCCAAAUGUAGUGCACUCGUCUGAGGAGGUAGUUAAAUCAGAGAGGCGGUGCCUUUGCUAAGGAGUAGAAGUUACCGUAAUAUCAAGGUCGCCAUUGUGAACUCUAAUAAAAUAACACAGCCGUAACCAAUUCGUGAGGUAAAGGGUUCCUUGAAUUUGUUGUUGGCACUAGAAAGCAAAGGGAGGCUGGACAGCGGAAGGAAAAAAAAUAAAAUUUGUUAAAUCCGUAAUCGCAUCUCAAACUUAAGGAAGCUCUUAGGUCUCUGGCAAGGGCCAAGUGUGCAUGUCUGUGUUUAGGAGUUGGGAUUCAUAAAUCAAUGAUACCAAGAAUUCAGAUACAUCCUAAUUCAUUUGAUAAAUUCUGUGUAGUUCAAUGUUGGUAGUUUUAUGCCGUGAGUUCUUACCACAGUGUAAUGGUCAUUAUAUAUUGUUCUAGAAAAAGCAAGCCUUUCAUUUACCUUACUCUGGAAACACACUGAAAAUAAUUUCCUGACUUCUAGUUGCUGGGACCCUAUUUCAGCGGCCUUAACCCUGGGUUCACACCUAAGCGUUCCUCAAACGCGCGUUUUACGCGCGUUU